GUAGUUGCAUCCCAGCUCAAACAGUCAAGAAGGAGAGUAACAUUACGAGCUAGUGAGUCUGGUUGGUACAGCUAACUAACGACUCCCUCGCCACCGCUAUGGGUUUCUGUCCGUGUUUCGGCGUCGAAACAUCCGAACAACCACCACUAGCGGAUCGUGAUCCGGUUCUACUCAUAUCAGGCAUGGGUGGCUCCAUUCUCCAAUCAAAGCCCAAGAAAUUCGGAUUAACCACCCGUGUUUGGGUCAGAAUCUUCCUCGCUGACUUAGAGUUCCGAAAGAAGAUUUGGUCAAUUUACAAUCCCGAAACAGGUUAUACUGAAGCGUUAGACACGAAAUCAGAACUUGUUGUUCCGGAGGAUGAUCAUGGUCUCUAUGCAAUUGAUAUUCUAGAUCCAUCAUGGUUUGUAAAAUGUGUGCAUUUGACAGAGGUGUAUCAUUUUCAUGACAUGAUUGACAUGCUUGUUGGAUGUGGGUAUGUUAAAGGAACUACUUUGUUUGGAUACGGAUAUGAUUUCAGACAAAGCAAUAGGAUGGAUAAGUUAAUGGAUGGCCUUAAGCUGAAGUUGGAAACUGCUUACAAAGCCUCUGGUGGAAGAAAAGUCAAUAUAAUUUCACACUCCAUGGGAGGGGUUAUGAUCUUGUGUUUCAUGUCACUUUGCAGAGAUGCAUUUUCAAAAUAUGUGAAUAAGUGGAUUGCCUUGGCCUGCCCUUUCCAAGGAGCCCCAGGAUGCAUCAAUGAUUCUCUAUUAACUGGAUUAGAAUUUGUUGAGGGCUUAAAAAGCUAUUUUUUUGUAUCAAGGUGGACUUUUCAUCAAUUGCUAGUUGAGUGCCCAUCAAUCUAUGAGAUGUUGGCAAAUCCAGAUUAUAAAUGGAAAAAGAAGCCAGAAAUUAAAGUUUGGCGAAAGCAGAAAAAGGAUGGGAAUGAAAAUAUCAAUUUAGAAUCUUAUGGACCAACCCAGAGUAUCUCUGUAUUUGAAGGAGCACUGAGGGACAAUGAGCUAAAGUAUAAUGGGAAAUUAAUACCACUGCCCUUUAAUACAACUAUCUUUAAAUGGGCUACUGGAACUCGUCAAGUUAUAAGUAAUGCAAAACUACCAAACGGAGUCUGCUUCUAUAACAUUUAUGGAACAUCAUUUGAAACACCUUUUGAUGUUUGCUAUGGUUCGGAAAAAUCGCCAAUUGAGGACUUAUCUGAAAUAUGCAAGACAUUGCCACAAUAUUCUUAUGUUGAUGGAGAUGGAUCAGUUCCUGUUGAAUCUGCCAAGGCCGAUGGACUUGAAGCCGUUGAAAGGGUAGGAGUUACUGCUGAUCACCGAGGAUUAUUACGAGACAAAACUGUAUUUAAACUUAUUCAGAAAUGGUUGGAUAUUGAGCCAGUGGUAAGCAAGCAUUCUAAAACAUCAAAAGUAGCAGAUGCGAAUACAAUCAACCCUAUGGUUCUCUAAAUUUGUUCCUUUUGGAAAAACGGUGGAUCGUAUACAUGUGCUUGUGUUCCACAUCGAUGAAAGGAAAAAUAUUGUACCAUGCUAUUCUUUUUAAGAAAACAUUCAACAAUCCAGGAAACCCCUUUAGCUACCAUUAUUUGAUAUUUAUGCAGCAGAUGGGUUGGUAAAUGUCCAGGUAGUCUAAAGCUACUGGAUAUGGUAUAAUUUAAUUCUGCAUCAUGUAUAGUAGAAUUCAUUAUUGGAUAGUGUGUACUAUAUUCAGUGAUCAUGGAGUUAUGUGUAUCUUGUUCUCUCACAUCUCCAAGACACUUGGCUGCUGUGUGACUAAUUUCUUAGUCCUCAGCAUGUAAUAAUAAAUGUAUUAUUAUUUGAGCAUUUUUAUUAUUAUGCUCUAUAUCAAUAUGUUCGAAUGUAAACUAAUUUCACAGUAAGAAAUACUUAUGCUAGUUGAGA